GGAAGACCAGGCCACAGCCACAGCUGAGAGAGAGGAAGACCAGGCCACAGCCACAGCUGAGAGAGAGGAAGACCAGGCCACAGCCACAGCUCAUGCAGAUGCAGUCAGAUACAGUGAGACUGUGUGUGAUGUCAUCGCUGCAGAGAACGAGGAUGAGGAGGUGGAGGUAAUGGGAGAGGGAGGAAGUAUCCCCCGGGCCCAGCCCCCCCAGCCCCAGCGUCCCCGGGCCCAGCCCACAGGGACAGAGCUGAUAGACGUGGUUAUGGGGACAGAGCUGAUAGACGUGGUUAUGGGGACAGAGCUGAUAGACGUGCCCACGGGGACAGAGCUGAUAGAUGUGCCCACGGGGACAGAGCUGAUAAACGUGUCCAUGGGGACAGAGCUGAUAAACGUGUCCAUGGGGACAGAGCUGAUAGAUGUGCCCACGGGGACAGAGCUGAUAGAUGUGCCCACGGGGACAGAGCUGAUAGACGUGCCCACGGGGACAGAGCUGAUGGACGUGGUUAUGGGGACAGAGCUGAUAGACGUGCCCAUGGGGACAGAGCUGAUAGACGUGCCCACGGGGACAGAGCUGAUAGACGUGGUUAUGGGAGACUCCACAGCCAUUCUGGAACGAGUGACUCACGCAGAACGGAGGGAGCUGGACGGAGUGAGAGUGGGAGGAGGCGUGGAGAACAGCGUCAUCAGACAGAUGGGGCCAACGGAAGGAGGGACCGGCCAAGAACAGAGAGGGAGUGAUGGAGAGGGGGCUGACCCUGCCGGAGGAGAGACUGAGAGGAGGAGGACGGAGGAGGAGGGGCCCGGCCAAUCACAGCCAGGUGAGAGUGGCCACACCCAGCAGCCGUCCUGCACAGGGUCAGAGAGGAGAGAUGGUGUGACCUUGAACCUGUCUGACCCAUGCUGGGCGGUCAGGGAGAGGUCAACAGGAAGCUGGGAGCUGGACGAAGAGGAAGUGGAGGUGGAUGUGAUGGAGUGUUCUAGCCCCGCCCCUCCGCCCAUUGACCUGCUACUGGAAACCACGGGGGUGGAGCUGUGUGACAGGGAGCCAUCUGAGGAAGAGGAGGGGGAGGUUGACGUGAUCGGAGAAACAGACUAGGCCUCGCUCCCGCGUCCUCUGUGUGCCAGGAAUAUGAAGACUGUGUGUGACAGGAAGUACCUGCCAACCCCCCCCCCCCCCGAAAGGCGGAGCUGUUGCCGAGGGGUGUGGCCUGGACUGCAGAGGGGGUGGAGCUGAUGGCCCAGGAAGCUGGUGGGAUAUGAGCAGGCUGCUUGGGGCUGUAUGCUGGACACACUUACACACACUCCUGCACACCCUAACCACAUAACCUCUCACACACACUACCCUACUCACAUAACCUCUUACACACACUACCCUAAUCACAUAACCUCUCACACACACUCACACACACACUCCUGCUCACAUUACUUCAGUCCUAUAUUCACUUUCACACUACAUUCUCGCAAUGCUCAGUUGAAAACCUAUUCACAUGCACACACAUAUGGCCAUAUUGAUAUUGUUGUUUGUGAAAUAUCACGUUGCUUUUGUUCCCAAAACACUUCACCCAUAAGUAUAAGCUUUGUUGAUCAAAUUUUUUUUGUUGUUAUUUGGAAAUAAAUUUAAUAAACUUAAUAAAAGCCCGCAUCUGCAUAUGAAAUACAGGCUACUAUGAUUGUAAACUCAUACGCUGCAGAACCACAGAGAUAAGAACCUCAUACACA